AUGAUGAACCCAGUAGCGCCUGCUCUCUCACUCUUCACACCUGAAGAGCUCGCAGGGUUCAUGCGUAGACAUGUUGCCGACCCUGUUGGCCAGACAAUCGCUGAUUUCAUUGUUGUGACCCGCAUGCGCGGCAGUGACUUUGUACGCAUGCCGCAGGAAGACCUUGAAGUGCUUACGAAAGGACUUCUAGCCGUUACAGAGUUACUCGCAUCUUUUCAGGUACUGACCGUGAUUCCAAGUCCUAGGCCCGUCUGGCGAAUUCAAGACAUAUUCCCCUGGCUAUCGACAUCUAGCUCAACUAGUCCCGCUGAGCAACUCACGUCAGAAGACUCGGACCUUGAGUCAAAUUAUUGGUCGUCUCGCUCUUCGUCUCCUGAUUCACUUCCAAGUGUCGAACCCAAGUCAAAUGCCGACGACAGCGACCAUGACAUUUCUUCUCAUUCUGUAAAUACUCCUUUUCCACUUCUUUCCCCACAAGCUUCUCCGCUGCGCCCAGCACAGUUGAUGACAGCUCUAAGUGUUCGUUCGGACCUUAUUGCUCAUCAUGAUGACUUCGCCUUCUAUUCUGUCGACGACGAUGAAUUGAGGAGCUUGUAUCCCGUGUUCAUUACCCCUCCCAUUGCCACCGUUUAUCAAGAACCCGCUGCACAUGAGACUCCAGAUGUGUCGUUACAGGAUUCUCCUGUAGAUGACACAAUGCGGCCGCCGACUCGAGCCUCUACCAACGACCCAUCACCGAGCACAUCCUCCUCAGCGUCACAUCGAACUGCCAACCGCAUAUCGCAUUUCUCGACAAACACCUUGACCUCCAAUGAUGUGGUACCUGACAUCUCUCAGCUGGAAGAGAUCAAUGUCUCGGAGUCGGAAUGGCCUGACAAUAUCUCCACUCCUGAUGUCCACACCUUGAACAAGGAUGCCAGCUCAGUAGCAGUUGGUAAUGACGUCGAUGCAGUUUCGGACGAGCCGCAAGACCUCCCAUCAUUGGACUGUGAUGCAAGCCCUAGGACUGUCACAAUACAUGACCACACCGAACCUUCUUCGCCCUUCCUCUACAAUUCACAUGAUAACCUUCUCGCUCUCGCUGUACCCUCCAGCGGCGAUCCAAGUUUUGACUCACCUCACCACUCUCCCAUGCAAACUGUUACCCCUCAUCAGAUUGAGAUUAUAGAUAUACGACCAUGGAACCUGACGUCAAAACCCCCCUCGCUGUCCAUUCUAUUUCCCAUAUCGCUCGAAGGGAGUUCAUGGGGACGUAGUGGGAGUUCAGCUGUCUUAAAUCCUACCGACCUGGCCGCAACACAAUCUCUUUGCUCUACAACAUCAACAGCAGCGAGUUUCUUCGCUCUACAAGUGCCACGAGAUUGGCUAAGUGAAGAUCCUGAACAGAUCGACGAGAGUCCCGGACCACAGGCAAUAUCAAGGUUCCGGCACAACUUCAGCGAUCGUACGGGACCACUCUCCCCGAUCCAUGGUGAAUCUGACGACGAGGUUGACGAAGGGGAGAUUGGAUCAUUAGAUCUUGAAGGAAGCGCCAUCUCCCCAAGUUUGCCGCUCAACAUCCCUUCUUGUUCCCUCCUGGACGACGAUGAAAUCUCUCCCCUAUUGUUUUCCCCUCCUUCCCGUCCUACACGCUUUCAUACCAAUAAUACCCCAAACGAAACACCUCAUAAUCGUAAACUAUUUCUUGAUACAACUGAAAGAACCCUCUGGCCGAGUGGGAGCGUUGCCUAUCAUCGUCGUAGAGCCCUUUCCUCUCCCACCGUCGUCAAGAGGGCUCUCAAAAUCCCGUCGGGCUCCUCUGUGGCGUCUCCAAAUGUCGCCAGCCCACUGUCUGGGCUUUCUGCAGCUAAUUCAGGGAUUGGCAGGAAGCUAUUUCUUGAAUCCCCCACAACCAGGACGCCCAAUAUCUGGUGGAAGCAGCUACGUAAACAGCUUCGAUCUCUGGGAACUUCUCGUGUCCAGUCUCCACCAUCAUUGAAACGUACUCAAUCGUUGCUUUCCCCAAGAACGAAAAUCGAAAUUACUGAUUCUCGUUUGCUCCCUAUAAUCCACGGACCAUUGAGCGCAACAGAGCAUACACCUGUGACUACUUCCCCCAGUUUUGCCUGA